UCAUCUACGCAGUAUCAUUAAACUCUUAAAUUUCCAGUGCCUUCAUCUACGCAUUUUAAAAUCAUUACAUAUUUAUAAAAAGUCAAGAUAGGAUUAACCUGGUGCAAGUUUUCCCCUAUAGAUUUCGAACUUUGCGGCCUCAAACUUCCAGUGAAUCAUCAAAUUCGUUUCCAGUGUGUGAUUUAACGAUAUAUUCUGAAAGUGCUUUGAAAUCAUCGAUUAUCUGUAAGUUCAAAAUCGAAAAGUAUUUCGAAUCAAGGUCAGUGCCGCCAACGUAGUGAUAUAUGCUUACUGGUUCUCGCUCGCCUCGAAUAUUUGUAAUGUUUAUGCAUUUCCGAUCAUCGCGUAAAAAGAAAAACAUCCGAAUUGCUUUGAUGGUCAGUAACCUCAUGAGUGAAAUAGUGUUUGUGCACAUUUUAUUAUUAACUCAGCGAAUAAAUCUGCAUAAUAUGAUUACGAUAUCAGUUAAAGAAAAAUUUUGCGCAGCAUUCGCGAUAGCAGCUGAUGAUAAUGCUGAGAUAACAGAUUAAGCACAACUUAUUACUCCUGAUGAAUUUGAAGUAACUGUGCAGUUAUUCGAAAGAACUGCCACGAAAGAAUAAACUAGUGCACGGGAUAAUUUUCCUGAAAUAAAAACUGAUAUAGAUAAAAGCAAAUAAAAUUUGGGCGAAAAGGUUGGAUUUGAAAAUGAUGUUGCAGCUGCUAUGUUUGGUAAAUAAAAAUGAAGUAGAGGCAAAAUUAAAAAAUAUAGUGAAAGAGGAAAAAUUUCAGAAGUUUUGCGUUAUACAUUAACUAUCUGUUAAGAAGAACUCUGUGCCAAGUGUUUGGCGAUGGAUAACGCCAUGGAAAAAGAAGUAAACUUUGUUCAUGGAUGAGCUGUGAAUCGUCGGGAAUUUCUUGCAUUGCUUGGAAAAUUGAAAAUGAGUAUGAAGAAAGGAUUUACCAAAUGAGGUAUUUGAAAAACGGAACAUAUUAAAAAACUUCAGUCACAUAUUAUGUACGUCGAGCAGCUAUUGUUUUAAAAAAUAAAGGAGUGAUUCCAUGAAGUCUUAUUGAUCUAAGAGGUACCGAUAACGAGGAGGAGAGUGACGGAAAAAUUUCGUCUGUCACAACUUAUUGCCAGACUUUUCCCCGAAAUAAGGUAUGACAUUUUCCGAAGUAAUAGUUUCUGUUUAUACAGGUAAUUGAAACUUCUCUGUAUUUGAACUUAGGCAGCUCCGAAGUCUCUUUUUCUUCUCAGAGGGUGUUUUAAUCUCGUAUACACUACAGUCAACGUCACCCGUUGCGGACGGCCGCCAACUAAAUAUGGCAGAACAUCACCACAGUUACGUAAGGAAACUCUUGGUUUUCAGAGAGAUUGGAUGUCAUCUUAACAAAGCGUUUACUUCUUUUAUACGUCAGUUUAUCACAUUUCCAAGAAACACGAUGGUUGCUACUAGUUGGAGGUAAUGUAAAGACAUUUGAAUUGGUAGCUUUUUAUAUUGAAAGAUGAAUGAAUUAAAAGCAAAUGAACCCAUUCACGUUCACAAACUCAUGUACAUUUUGAGUUUGGGUUUCAUUCCAAAGAGGUUUAUUCUCUGCAUUGUUGGAAUCUUAGCAGUGACUUUAGCUAUUUCACUGAAUGCAAAUCUCAGUAUCGCAAUUAUCUCUAUGGUUGACAGAAGAAACGAAUCAUCUGCUAAUGUAAUAGCGUCGAAUGAAUGCAAGUCAGAAGAAAAUAUAAACGUUAGUUGGAAUGAUGUGCAAUUAAAACCCUUAGAACAUCAUGGUGAUUUACAGUGGAGCGCAGAAACGGAAGGCUAUGCUUUGAGUUCACUCUACUACGGACAGCUACUUGGGUUCAUUCCUGGAGGUCGUAUGGCAGAAGUCUACGGAGGCAAGAAGACUCUUAUAUUUGCUUUAGCCUUUGCAUCGUUGCUCACUGCUGCAUUACCCUGGAUGGCCCGUGCUUCUGCAUAUGCAUUCUUUGCAGGCAGAUUUGUAAUAGGAAUUAUGACGGCUCCAACGGUACCAGUGUUGUUUUACCUGAUAUCUCGGUGGAUACCUGUGCCUGAACGCAGCUUCAGCACCGCAUUUGUAUUCUCUGGAUUAGGCUUGGGAUCCUUUGUUUCGUUUCUAUACAGCGGCGUUUUAUGUGCAAGCGAGAUUCUGGGAGGCUGGCCUCUUGUGUUCUACGUUGGAGGUUUAAGUGGAUUUGUUUGGUGCAUACUUUGCUCUCUGCUUGUGUUCGAGACGCCGGAAAAUCAUCCUACAAUUUCGAAAAAGGAAUUACAGUUCAUUACUAACAACCUUGGCCCUGCACCUCCCAAAAUGAUUAAGAAGGUUCCUGUCAAAUCUAUAAUGUUAUCAAUACCUUUCUGGGCUCUAGCUAUUGGAUAUUUUGGACAGUUUUGGAUCCUAGGACUAUAUAAUGUAACACCAUCUUUGUACAUGGGUACCAUUCUUAACGUCGACAGUGAAACAAAUGGUGAACUUUCGUCUCUACCACCUCUCACCCGUGCUUUGUUUGCUUGUUUAUGCAGUACUCCUGUGGACUGGGCUAUUAAGAAAGGAUACCUAGAAGCAAGUUAUACCAGAAAAGGCACAACACUUGUCAAUUCGAUAUUAUUCUGCGUCGGUAUGAUUGGUGUACUCUUGGCCAAGUGCAACCUACUUCUGACAAUUACAUCCUUCACUGUUGGAGGUAUUCUUGGCAAUUGCGUCACAUUUGGAGUUUGUAUGGCUGCCAUCGAUAUAGCUCCAAAUCUCUCAGGCACUUUAUCUGGUAUAUUAGGAACUAUUGGAGUGAUACCAUUCUUCGCCGUGCCAACCUUCAUCGGAUGGUUAACAAAAUAUGAGCGGUCCAUGACACAAUGGAGUUACUUUUAUUACUCGACCAUUGGAGUUGUCAUUAUAACAACAAUUGUUUUCCUUGUUUUUGGGUCAUCAAAACCUCAGUCUUGGGGCGUCAAUGGCACAGAAAGCACUGAAGAAGGCAAAGCAGAAGAUGUGCAAGAACCUGUUCCAGCCAAUUAAUUUCAAAACUGAAUUUAGCAAAUCAUUCAUUUCGUUGCUGUAUUGUUUUCAUUGUUGAACAGAAAUGAACGAUACACUUUUUUCCUCCAGUAAAAUCAGGCAAGAGCAAAUUGAAGAACCUCCAAGUCAUUCUAGCAAACUUAUAUAUUAUUUCAGAGUGAUUUGAGUUGUGAAUCUUUCUCAGAAUGUAUUAUCGAAUACAAAAUUUUAAUAAAGCAAUUCAGCACUGUCGU